AAACCGCGCAAGGGGGUGUGGGGUGGGGGUGUGGGUUCUUGCUCACCCACGCUUUUCUUCUUACCUCCACAGAUGAAUUCCUAACAGUGAGCAGGAAGAACUGGUCUUUUGUUGGGUUGUCAUCCCGUACGAAAAAAGCUAAAGAAAUGCAGCAGCUAUUGGCUCUUCGCAAUUCUAAUCCUCUCGUUAAGGGAGCGAUCAAGAUACCCUUGUUGCCUGUGCUUGACAGUUCAGCUUGUUUGUCUUUUGUACCCGCAAGAACUAGACUUGUACAUGCAUCUAUGUCAAAAAGAUGGAAACUACCACAGCUGCACUGCAGAAGAGCAUCUAAUGCUGGCAUCGGAUUAGCAGGAAGUUAUGAAGGAUUUAGUGAACCUCCUGGUGAUACUUCAGCUAAAGAUGAACAGCUUCCCGGCCAAUUCCCUUAUCCUCUGUCUAUAGCACUAGUGUUAUGUGGAUGUGCUAUAGUAUUUUCAUUGAUUGCCUUUGUGAAAAGAGGGCCUUCGUUGACCUUAACAGCAUUUUCAAAGUCAGGCUUUGCUGCCGCAUUCUCACUCAUAUUUGUUUCUGAAAUUGGGGACAAGACUUUUUUCAUCGCUGCACUAUUAGCAAUGCAGUACAAAAGACUAUUGGUACUGGUGGGAUCAAUGGGAGCUCUUUCACUUAUGACAGUCAUAUCUGUCAUAAUAGGAAGGAUCUUUCACUCUGUACCUGCUCAGUUUCAAACAACAUUGCCUAUUGGAGAGUAUGCGGCAAUAGCACUUUUAUUAUUCUUCGGCGCCAAGUCUAUCAAAGAUGCAUGGGAACUUCCAUCUGAAGAGGUUAAAGGAGGCGAUGAAUAUGCUGAGGCUGAAGUGCUUGUGAAAGAAAAGGCAUCAAAGCGACUCUCAAGUCCACUUGAAAUUCUGUGGAAGUCAUUCAGCCUUGUAUUUUUUGCUGAGUGGGGAGACCGCUCUAUGCUGGCAACAAUAGCUCUAGGCGCAGCACAGUCUCCAUGGGGAGUAGCAGGUGGGGCUAUCGGUGGGCACUUGAUUGCAACAUCUCUUGCAAUACUUGGAGGUGCAUUUCUUGCCAAGUACAUUUCAGAGAAGCUGGUGGGCUACAUCGGUGGAGCAUUGUUUUUGGGUUUCGCUGCAGCCACGUUCCUCGGUGUCUUCUGAGAAUUGAUAUUUUCACACAUCAUCAUGAGAAGAUGAAAAGAUAGUUCAUAUGCAAAGAGUCGCGCAGAACUACUUAAAGGAAGUGAAAGCCCAAGACAAAAUAUGUUCUACUUGGGCAUUGGAGGAGUACAUUAUAGAGCAAUUGGUUUUGUAUCAUCAUCAAAUCAUGCAUGGAAAAAGGGAGACCUUUGUAGGGAACUUUUGGGAUCCUAACCCGGAAAUGAUGUAAUUAUUGUGUACUAUAUUUGUAAACACUUAUUUUUUACACUUGUAAAAUGCGCAGUAAUAUGUAUUGACCUAUGUACAUCAUAAUGCAUAUGAAGUAUCAUUUCCUUGAAAUAGGCCUAAUGAUCAGACCUUCACA